CAUUAUUUCAACUAACAAGCAGUCUCACUCACACUCACACUCACUUGGCGUUUUCAGUAGCUCUUACGCUGCUCACACAAAUGAAUUUGACAGUGAUCUUCUCACUCAAAUCUUAGCUAGUAAAGAAGAAGAAGAAGAAGAACCCAUUUCAGUGUUGAAAAAUCCCAUGAAAGUCCAAAUGGCCAGCAAUUGAAAGUGAAAAGAAAAAGGCGAGGAAAUGUGUCACACAAGAAAAUGUUGUGGAUGAGAGAAUAAGAACACCCACUCAAAGAAAGAUGUGCAUUUGUGCCUCAAUAAAGUGGAAAAUGACACAAGAAGCAGUAUAUUUAAACCCAGUCUCUCUCUCUUUCACUCUCAACACCAAAAAGAGGCACACUUGCGUUGUUGCUAAUGUGUGUACACAGGUUAUCUGAUGAAAGUUCUGAAUGGUCACCAAUGGCAACUCCUCUGAGAAAGGUGUUUGACAGAAUCUCGGGUCUUGCAAUUCCUUUGAAGAGGAAAAGUGUGCCAUGUGGGAGAACAAUCUUUCGCGGAGAUGUUGAGCAGGAUGAUCAGUUUCAGUAUGCAACUACUCGUUGCCUCAAGUCAUACUACAGUGUCUUCGUUGCUCGAUUAGCUAUCAUGGUCAUGUUGGCAAUUUUAAUUGGGUUGCUGACUGUGCUUACAUGGCAUUUUACGAAAGUUUAUACUACGAAAUCAUUGAACAGUUUAGCAUAUGGCCUUCGUUACGAGCUUCUACAGCGUCCAAUGUUACGGAUGUGGAAUAUCUUGAACUCUACUUCAGAAAUAACAAUAGCCCAAGUUAAGCUGUCUGAGUAUGUGAUUAGUAAAUACAGCAAACCAGCCACUCAAGUACAACAAGUUGAGCUCUAUGGCAUGAUGAGGGAUGUAACAUGGGCACUGUUUGUAAGCCGUAAAGCUCUCAAUGCGAUAACAAUAAGUUAUAGGAAUGGUUUUGUACAGGGUUUCCAUAGAGAUCAUAGAAGUAACAACACAUUUUACAUCUACUCAGAUCUUGUAAACUAUUCAAUCAGUGCUAGUGGAUCUGAAGAUUCCAAUUUUCUGGCAUCGCGUCGUGGAUGGAAUGAUCAAUCCAUAAGGGGCAACCUUUCGGCAAUUUGGUAUCGUGAACCACUGGAUCCCAUCACUGGUCAGAGGAUAGGAAAACCAAUGCAAAUCCCACCCGAUGAUCUAAUCAACAUUGCUGGCCUUUCACAAGUACCAGAUGGUGUGGCUUCAUGGCAUGUUGCAGUUAGCAAGUUCAUAGAUUCUCCAUUGCUCUCAGCAGCAUUGCCUGUAUGGGAUGCUAACAAUGAAAGUAUCAUGGCUGUUGUUGGCGUUACUACAGCACUUUACAGUGUUGGCCAGCUGAUGAAAGAACUUGUAGAAGUUCAUAGUGGUCACAUCUAUUUGACCUCUCAAGAGGGCUAUUUGCUGGCUACUUCCACAAAUGCUCCUCUCCUUAGAAAUUCUACAACGGGACCCAAGCUUAUGAUGGCUGUUGACUCAGAGGAUCGCAUAAUCCAACAGGGAGCUCAAUGGCUACAGAAACUCUACGGCAAUAAGCUUCCUCCUGGUCAUGUGGUUCAUGUAGAAGAUGCCAAGCUUGAUGACCAGCAAUAUUACAUUGAUUCAUUCUUUCUUAAUCUUAAAAGACUUCCCAUGGUUGGGGUAAUUAUCAUUCCAAGAAAAUAUAUAAUGGGAAGAGUAGAAGAGAGAGCUUACAAAACAUUGGUCAUACUAAUAUCUGCAUCUGUUUGUAUCCUGAUUAUCGGAUGUGUUUGUAUUCUGAUCCUGACAAAUGGAGUAUCAAAGGAAAUGAAGCUAAGAGCAGAACUAAUAAGCCAACUCGAUGCAAGGAGAAGAGCAGAGGCAUCAAGCAACUAUAAAAGCCAAUUUCUGGCGAACAUGAGUCAUGAAUUAAGGACACCGAUGGCCGCAGUAAUUGGGCUGCUGGACAUUCUUAUAAGCGAUGAUUGUCUCACAAAUGAACAAUAUGCAACAGUUACUCAGAUUAGAAAAUGCUCAACAACUUUACUCCGGCUCCUUAACAACAUUUUAGAUCUGAGCAAGGUUGAAUCUGGCAAACUGGUGCUGGAGGAAGCUGAGUUUGAUUUGGGACGAGAACUUGAAGGACUUUUUGACAUGUUCUCUGUACAGUGCAUUAAUCACAAUGUUGAGACUGUUCUGGACCUCUCUGAUGAUAUGCCAAAAUUAGUUCGGGGAGACUCUGCCCGAGUCGUUCAAAUAUUUGCCAAUCUGAUAAGCAAUUCUAUCAAGUUUACAACGUCGGGUCAUAUUGUUCUGCGGGGAUGGUGCGAGAAUCUUGAUGACACUGGAAAGUUUCUCCUCCAUCAAAAGAAAGCACUGUGUGCGCUCAACACAAUUCUGAAGCACCAGGGACAUCAUAUGAGGAAGGCGUGUAAGAGGGAUAAUAAAGUGAUUCUUUGGUUCGAAGUUGAUGACACUGGCUGUGGAAUUGAUCCAAGCAAAUGGGAGUCUGUAUUUGAAAGUUUUGAGCAAGCAGAUCCCUCAACAACUCGAACGCAUGGAGGCACUGGUCUUGGAUUAUGCAUUGUUCGCACCUUGGUAAACAAGAUGGGAGGAGAGAUCAAGGUUGUGAAAAAGAAUGGCCCUGGAACUUUAAUGCGAUUAUACUUGCUUCUUAGUACACCUAUUGAUGGUGGAGAGCAGCACUGUGAAGUAGAUUUCUCAAUGCAUAAUGUUGUGGUGCUGCUUGCACUGUAUGGUAGCAUGGGGAGAGUCGUUACGUCCAACUGGUUGCGUAAAAAUGGGGUGUCUACUCUGCAAGCUUCUGAGUGGAAUGAGCUGACACAAAUGCUUCGAGAACUCUUUUAUUGCAGAAGACGAAACAAUGAAUACUUCAACACUCAUUCCUCUCUAAGUGAAACUUUAAAAGCUGAAGUUCGCAAGAUCAGGGACAUGAGUAACCCGGUUAUUAUCAUUGCUCUUGAUAUAGCAGUACUGGACUUGAGCACGGACAUAUGGAAGGAACAGAUAAACUACCUUGACAAAUUCUCUGGUAAAGCCAAGUUUGCAUGGAUGCUAAAUCAUGACACUUCAAAUGCAAUAAAGAUGGAGCUGCGCCAGAAAGGGCAUGUGUUGAUGGUUAACAAACCACUGUACAAGGCCAAAAUGAUUCAGAUCCUGGAAGCUGUCAUGAAGGAGAGAAACCUUGAACUGCAGAUGAAGACUUCAAAUCAAUUGAGAGAAACAAGAAAUGGUGAUUCCCAUGAGUGUCUUGAGAUAGAUUCCAUUCAGUUUGACACUGCUAGCUCUGAUGAUUCAGAUAUGUGUGAAAAGGUUAGUGCUGAUUCUGGCAAUGGAUUUAUAUUCCAUGAGAAUCAAAGGGAAGAGAACUGCUUGGUUGACUCAAAAGUAAACAAUUUGCCAUCAGAAGAAGAGCAUUGUCCAACCCGACCCAACUCCCACACCACCGGGAACGGAAAGCCCAUGUUAAUGUGCACCAAACAAGCAUCACUUUUCAUAGAACCUCAAUUUGAGAACUCUAAAUGCUGGAAACAACAAUCUCAGACCAGCUGUACUGAACAGAAGGGGAACUCUUAUGCGAGCAAUGCUGCAAAAGAACAAAAAGCUCUCGAUGGCCUCAGGAUUUUGCUAGCAGAAGAUACUCCGGUGCUCCAGAGAGUUGCAACCAUAAUGCUGGAAAAAAUGGGAGCUACAGUUGUUGCUGUGGGGGAUGGAAUGCAGGCUGUAGAUGCUUUAAGUUCCAUGCUUGAUGCAGAAGAGUCAACAGCAGGGGACUACAUCUCAGUUUCACCUCCAAUUGACUUGGUCUUAAUGGAUUGUCAGAUGCCGAAGAUGGAUGGAUAUGAAGCAACAAAGGCAAUAAGGAAAUCAGAAGAAGGAACUGAGAUGCAUAUUCCUAUUGUUGCAUUGACAGCCCAUGCAAUGUCAUCAGAUGAAGCCAAAUGCUUGGAGGUGGGAAUGGAUGCUUAUUUAACAAAGCCUAUCGACUACAAGCUUAUGGUUUCCACCAUUCUUUCUCUCACUAAAAGGGCCUAAACUCAUGGACCUUUUUCUUCCAGAAAGAUUUGUCAACGAAUGUGAAAUAACACAACAGAAACAGGCAUAAAUGCCAGGAAAUUUUGUAACAACUUUGUAUUCCACUGACCAACUCCGAGGCUCAUGAUGGCCAAUUUUCCUAUCUGUCUUCCAAAAUUACAGUUCAGAUGAUAAAUUUUGAUUUCACAAAGAAUCAAUCAGCAUGUGUUAGUAAUAAGAAACCGUCUACAGAAGACAAAUAGAACAAGAGAAAGAAGGGCUCUUUGGGUUG